UUGUGUAUCGUGCUCGCUCUCUGUCAUAACGAAACUCGUUUUUGCAAUUGCCAGAUCUCUUCACUCAAUUGCAACAGCAGAAGAAGCAUAAGCUUCUAGAGACACAGAGAAAAAAAAAAAAAAGGAAUUGAAGAUGGAUUGCAGAAACAGGGACUCAAUCACAGAGAAUCACACUUCAUCAUCAUCAUCAUCUUCUUCUUCUUCUUCUUCUUCUUCUUCUUCGUGUGAUUCACUCAGCGAAGCCUUGCUUUUCACCACCAUGUGCAUCGUUGGCCACCCCGUCGAUGUUCACGUUAAGGAUGGCUCUGUCUAUUCCGGAAUCUUCCACACUGCUUCUGUUCACGCCGAUUACGGUAUUGUUUUGAAGAAAGCAAGGAUGACCAAGAAGGGAAAGGGCAACUCUAAUGUCGGAAAUGAGGGCUUCGUGGAUACACUAGUGAUUCUAUCCAGUGAUCUUGUGCAAGUUGUAGCUAAGGGAGUAAUAUUUCCUGCAGAUGGUGUUGGUGGAAACAUAACUGGUGAUGAUGAGGAAGCAGUUGCACAUAAUGUUUGUUCCGAGAGUCUAACAUGUGAGGUAGAGAAUCAUACAGGACCUUUGAUGGGUGCAAAACAGGUUAAUCAAUUAAGACAAGCUGGAGACGACAAGUCAAACUCAAAAGGGAAAACUGAUGACUGUGGACAGAAGUCUGAGUCUGUUAAUGAAAAAAUUGAUGAAAAGACUCAAAACCUCAAUUCAAGCCAUGAAACUGAUACAUGUCCAGGUCAAGAGGUAGCUGUUGAGCAUGGAAGCACCGAUAGGACAUCAAGUCCUUCGGAUAAUGGAUUACUCUGCAACAAUGCCCCUGCAUCUGUUAAGGCCAAUGAUCGGAAUAGUGAAAGGUCUACUUCUGCAGACUCUGUCUCUAAAAAUUUAACCCAAGGUGUGGAUAUCAUCCAAGAUUCACAGCCAGCAAGGUCCAUUGAAAUAUCUGCUCCAAGGGGUACAGAUUCUACCAGAAAUGCUAAGGAAUUUAAGCUCAAUCCAGCUGCCAAAACCUUCUCUCCAUCUUUUGUGAAUCCUAUAUCAGCAACUUCUGCUGCAAACAUGGUAUACAUACCAAAUAGCUCUCCUCCAGUCUCUGUUACUAUUCAACCUGAAGUUGGAUUCAAUACUUUUGCUUCUCGGCCAUCAAUGCCUGUUAAAGUUGCACAGUACAGUAAUUUGACAGUGAGCAAUGGUGGCAGUGGCUCUCAAUUUUCACAGCCUAUUGUUGGACAUGUGGCACAUAGAACCCAACCUCUACGGUAUGCUACACAUUACAGUCCAGUUUUGUCUGAACAUGCUUAUAUGCAACCAAGCUCUCCUGCUGUUAUGGUUGGACGUUCCCCCCAGUUAGUCUAUGUUCAGCCAGUUUCCCAUGAUUUGAUUCAUGGAACAACAACUGUCCCACCAGUCUCAGCUCGCCCUCUGUUGAAUCAUGUACAAUUUCCAAAGCAGCAGGGAGGAACAAUUGGUCCAGCAAUGCCAGUUUCUGUUCCCCCUCCUGUCCUAACAAGUGGACAUCAGCCCUUUGCACUUCAAAGCCACAUUCCCCUUCUGCAACCUGGCUUUCCUGUCACUCGACCUAUUUCAGUCCCUGGACCAAAUGGUUUCUAUGGCACUAAGUAUUAGUGAAAUUUUUAUUCAGAUUCUGGUGUUAAUAUCUCUGAGUUAAGGUUCAUUCUUCUUUUUUCUUUUCUUUUUUUCUUCUUUUUUUUCUAAUAGAUUAUGCUAUAAAAAUUUUGUCUUCUCUUAUUUGUGAGAACUGAGUGUACAGUGGCUUUCAGCUGGUAAAAUUACUUGAUAUUUUAGCUUUAUUCGUUUGAGAAGUUUUUGGGAGUCCUCAUCUGAAGAUAAGGUUCAUUUGUAUCUUUGGAGUUGGGAAAGAUUUUUCCUUUCAAGAGUUGAUAUUGUAUGUUUUGGAAAUUAUUUUUGAACGAGUUCUUUAUACACAUUAAGCAUAUUGAAUGUAGACCUCCCGAUUAUUUAUUUAUAAUGAUCUCUGACAAACUGAUGUAUUACCCAUA